GCUCCAAGCGACCACACGCCGAUAAACCCGCUCCACCAACUCCACCCACUAACUCUCCGCCGCCGUCACCUCUCAACUUUCCCUUUCUUUCUCCGCCGUCGCGGUCGCCUCCCGGUCCGAAGAGCUUCCGACUCCGAUGGCCAGCCGCUGGGUCCGACCCGAGGUGUACCCGCUGUUCGCAGCGAUGGGCGUGGCCGUCGGCAUCUGCGGGAUGCAGCUCUACCGGAACAUCACCGGCAACCCGGAAGUCAGGGUGAACAAGGCAGGGAGGGCAGCUGGUGUUCUCGAGAACCACGAGGAAGGGAAGCGUUACGCAAUGCACAGCCUCAGAAGCUUUGUGCACGACAAGACCCCCGAGAUCAUGCCAUCCAUCAACAAGUUCUUCACUGAGCCUAAGUGAACAUGUUGGUUGGCUACUGAUUGCUCUGCUAUUAUUCGCUACUGUAGAUUGUACCCAUUGCAGGCAUUCCAUAUGUUGUGUCCUCCAUAAACUGGUGGACAUCAGAUACCUCUUAUUCAAAGUACCAUAUGUGUGAUGGUCAAUGGUUUGCUAUAUGUCUGAUGGUCAAUAAGCUUGUAUCAUCCCGUUGGAUUAAAUGUUCAUACUUAUAUUCGUCAUGUGGAUUUGAUGUA